AUGAAGUUUUACAACCUCGUUACUCUUCUCGCCGCUGGCGUUAUGGCCCUUCCUGCCGUCCCACGUGCCGAUACCACAGCGGACGAGAGCUACCUCCCCUCGAAGCGUGCUGACACGACUGCCGACGAGAGCUACUAUCCCUCAAAGCGCGCUGACACGACUGCCGAUGAGAGCUACUUCCCCUCGAAGCGCGCUGACACGACUGCCGAUGAGAGCUACUUCCCCUCGAAGCGCGCUGACACGACUGCCGAUGAGAGCUACUAUCCCUCAAAGCGCGCUGACACAACUGCUGAUGAGAGCUACCUCCCCUCGAAGCGCGCUGACACGACUGCUGAUGAGAGUUACCUCCCCUCGAAGCGCGCUGACACGACUGCCGAUGAGAGUUACCUGCCUAGCAAGCAGUAG